AAGUAAGUGUUCGGUCUUGAAUAGAACAUCUUUGGUCAGCACCCACCCUGACGUUCCAGUUGGCCGUUGGACAGGCGGCUGCUCGUGCGGGAUCAGAGUAGUCGUAGUUUUUUACUUAGCUAGCUAGCCAGGUCAUGUUUUUUUUUUUUCUCCUGAGGACGGAGCCUGUGUCGGAACGUAUCAGGGUUUCUUUUUGUAAGCAGAACCUUCCCUUCCUUUUUCCCUUUUCCUGUUUUUUUUUUUCUUUUUGUUUUGUAUUUUUCCUUCAUUUUGUGUGAAGAGAACGGCUUCACCAUCACAGACCUGGGGAAAAUUAUUUUGAUGCUUUGGAGUCAGCCUGCACCCACUGUAAGACACAAACUUUGUGGGUCGGGUCACUGCUGGAAGUAUGAGCACAGCCAAGCCCACUGGGAUCAAAGCCCCUAGCAAGAUUGCUAGGCCACCUGGAACUGGAGCCCCAAAGAACAACCCACCCCCAGCUAAAGCGGCUGUGGCUGACAAAGCAGCUGCCAGUACCAGCGGAGGAGAUGGCAGCAAUGCUGAAGACGGGUUCCAGAUUGGGGAGCAAGUAUGGGUGAAUGGAAACAAGCCUGGCUACAUACAGUUUUUGGGAGAGACGCAGUUUGCUCCCGGGCAGUGGGCAGGGAUCGUCCUCGAUGAGCCGAUCGGCAAGAAUGAUGGGUCUGUGGCAGGGGUGCGCUACUUCCAGUGUGAGGCCCUUCGAGGGAUAUUUACCCGCCCCUCCAAGUUGUCGCGCACAGAAGGGGAGGCUAACGGGACCCAGACUGCACCACCAUCCCGCGCAGCAUCACCGACACCCUCAGUUGGAAGUGUGGCCUCCCAAACCCCUGGUACUAAAUCAGCCUUGCCCCUGAGUGCUACAGCCAAGAAAGCCUCUUCCCCCACUCCGGCUACAGCAGCGUCUUCUAACUUGGCACACACAAACAGCGAAUCUGUCUCCAACCUCUCUGAGAGUUGCUCUGUCAAGAAGGGGGAAAGAGAGCUGAAGAUGGGUGACCGUGUGCUGGUUGGUGGCACAAAGGCAGGGGUGGUGCGUUUCCUUGGAGAAACAGAUUUUGCCAAAGGCGAGUGGUGUGGCGUGGAACUGGAUGAACCGCUUGGAAAGAAUGAUGGGGCAGUGGCUGGCACCAGAUAUUUUCAGUGCCAACCUAAAUAUGGCUUAUUUGCUCCAGUUCAUAAAGUCACACGCAUUGGCUUCCCCUCCACAACCCCAGCCAAAGCAAAAACAACAGCUCGAAAAGUAGUGGCCACACCGUCGGGGCUGAAGAGAAGCCCCAGUGCCUCUUCAAUCAGUACCAUGAGCUCAGUGGCAUCGUCUGUUAGCACUAAGCCAAGCCGAACAGGCCUGUUAACUGAAACAUCAUCAAGAUAUAAUCGAAAGAUUUCAGGCACCACAGCUCUGCAGGAGGCCCUGAAGGAGAAGCAGCAGCACAUUGAGCAGCUGAUGGGUGAGAGGGACAUGGAAAGAGCCGAGGUGGCCAAGGCCACUGUCCACGUUAGAGAGAUGGAGCAAGAAAUCGGCCUUCUCAGGGAAGAUCAGGAGCAGAUGGAGUCAAAAAUGGAUCAGCUGCGCUCCUUGGUGGAAGCAGCAGAUAAGGAGAAAGUAGAUCUACUGAAUCAACUGGAGGAAGAGCGCAGGAAAGUGGAGGAUCUUCAGUUUCGUGUAGAGGAAGCUUGCAUUACCAAAGGAGACCUAGAGACGCAGACCAGACUGGAGCAUGUCCACAUUAAGGAGCUUGAACAGAGCCUGCUCUUUGAAAAGACCAAAGCUGAGAAACUCCAAAGAGAGUUAGAAGACACUAGGGUUGCUACAGUGUCAGAGAGAUCCCGUAUUAUGGAACUCGAGCGAGACAUUUCACUGCGCACCAGAGAGGUCGCUGACCUGCAGCUGCGUCUUGGGAUGCAGCAGAACUCCGAGGACUCAAACUCCACCCUGUCCCCACUCCUGGAAGAGAUAAACUCUCUUAGAGAUCAGCUUUUAGCUCAAGAAGCCAAACGGCAAGAAGCGGUAGAGAAAUUCAAAGAAAAGUUGGAAGCUCAAGAUAAAAUCCACAGUGAGGCUGUGGCCCAGCUUCAGGCUACAUCUGUAAUGCUAUCCAGUGACAGAGAACAGCUACAGAUGCGUUUAAGCCAAGCAGAGAAGGACAAUGCCGGCACUGUUGAACUUUGGCGUUCAAAGCUGGAGUCCGCCAUUGCUUCUCACCAGCAAGACAUGGAACAGCUGAAAGUGUCCUUCGGCAAAGGUGCAGGUGCUCAGACAGAAGCGCUUGUAGAAACCAAAGGUGCUCUGGAAAAGCUUAAGUUGGAACACGGAUUAGCUUUAGAAGAGGCUGCAGCCAAACACCAAGCCAGGGCUUCAGCUUGGACCGAGGAGAUGCAGGCGCUGAAGACUAAGUUGUCAAUUAUGACUGAGGAGAAGGAGCGACUGGAGGAGUCAAUGCGGUCUAGUGUUGAGAAAGCAGAGGAGCAGCACCUUGUGGAGAUGGAGGAUAUCCUUGGAAAGCUUCAUGCUACUGAAAUCAGAGUGAAGGAGCUUGAAGAAAAAGAAACCGGGCUGGCACAAACGUUUCAGGACAAGGACGCAGAAACCAAAGAGCUACAGGGAGAAAUGGCGACUCUACACAGCCAAUUAGCACAAAGUAACCAGGAGUGUGUGGUUCUGAAGAGUCAGUUAGAAGAGCUCCAAAACCAAGGAGAUAGCAGUGGUGCAAAGGUUUGUGAACUGAGCUCACAGCUGGAGGGUAAACAGCAGGAAGUGGUCUCCUUACAGGAGGGUCUGACUGCACUAAACCAGCAGAAGGAAAGCAUGGACCAAGAGAUUCAAAGCCUGAAACAGAGGCUGCAGGAAACCACAGAGAAACUGGAGAAAUCAGCUCUAACUGUGCAAGAAACAUUAGGGAAGCUUAGUAAGAAGGAGGAACAAUGCACAUCCUUAACUAACAAAUCAGAGUCCCUAAAAAGUCAACUUGCUGGAAUGGACAGGAAACUGAAGGCUGCAGAUGAAAAGCUUGAGCAGUUUUCGAAGGACAAAAGCAAACUAGAAGAGGAUAUUUCAGACAUGAUGAAGGCAUCUGGAGACAGUUCAGUCCAGCUUACGAAAAUGAAUGAAGACCUCAUGCAGAAGGAAAGGAGACUUGAGGAGUUCCAGAAUCAGCUGGCAGAGGAGAAAGAGAAGGUGGCACACUUGGAUGAAAAGUUCCAGAAAGAACAGUCCAACAAAGAACAACAGCUCAAGGAGGUUAAAGACGCACAUCAGUCUGAAACAAGUAGUCUUCAGGAGAAGAUAAAUACCUUGGAAAAUUCUCUUAAACAAAGAGAGAGUCAAGUUGAGGAUUUGAAGGCCUCACAAGAGCAAACCCUCUCUGAGGCCUUAGAGCUUCAUGUGAAGGAACUUAAGGUUCUGCAAACACAGAUCGAUAAGUUGAAGCUGGAGCUUUCCUCCUCUAAGGACAAAACGCAGGAGCUGGAGAAAACUGUGUCUGAGCUGCAGCUGUACAAAGAACAGGCUCAGCGACUUUCUGCUGAGCUUGAUUCCUACAAGCACGAUGUUGACAAUAUGUCAAAAAAACUGGAUAAGCAGAAUCUCGAUCUGGAAAACAUGUGUAAGCAAAGUGAAGCUGAGAGAGACAAUUUGGAGAGCCAGCUUUCUGAGAUGCAACAUAAACUUUCUGCCCUGGAGAGUAGUUGCAAGGAGCUUUCAGCAAAGAAUGAAGAGCUGCUGAUGACUAAUGAUGAACUGUCAAAACAUCAAGAGGAACUACAGACCAAUACUAAACAAUUAGAUAAAGAGAGGACUUCACUGAAGACAGAAGUGGAGACUCUCAAACACCUCCUGCAGGAAGCAGACACUGAAAACAAAGAGCUACAACGUGGUAAAGGUGAAUGUUUGGCCAAAGUUGAGGAGCUUCAAAGAGAAAAUACUGAGAUGAAUGGCUCUGUCUUGAAGCAUCAGAAGGACAUCCAGCAAAUUGAGUCCAUAAAGAAGCAGCUGCUUGAGGAUUAUGAAAAUGUCUGCAAAGAGAAGAGCCGCCUGGAAGAGGACCUCAAGGAAACAAAGUCAAAAUUCACAUGUGAGAGAGAUGAUCUGAUAUCGGAGAGAGAUUCUGCAAAAAAUGCCCGAAAGUCUCUUGAUGCUAAAAAUGCUGAGCUGCAAGAAAAAUUAACGUCAUUGAACAUAGAAAAAGAAGAUCUCACAAUGAAGAAUACGCAGCUCCAGGCUCAGGUGGAAACGCUGACCAAUGAGAAAGUAGAGCUGUCGUCUGAGGUCGCUGCUGCUGCAUUGGAGAAGAAGAACCAAGAGACUGAGAAGGAGGAGCUCAAAAAUAAACUUGGCCAAACCAAGAAAAACUUGGAGAGUCAAACUCGUGAAUUUGAAGAGCUUAAAGUCUCUAAAGCCAGCUUGGCCCAGAUGCUUGAAGAAUUCAAGACAAACAGUCAAGUGACGGAUUCUGAAAGGCUUAACCUGUUGCAGGAGAAAGAAGACCUGCUUGCAUUCCAAAGGAAGGUCUCUAAUGAGAAAGAUGAACUCUUCAGAGAGCUACAAGAGACAAAGGAGAAGCUUCAUGUCUCGACUGAACAGCUGUCGGCUUCUCAUGAAAACUACAAGGUCGCAUUAUCUUCUUUUGAGCAGGAGAAACAAGCAUUGCGUCAUCAGAACUCCGAUGCUGAGAUGGCGCUGCAUGACUUGCGUAAAGAAAAGAUGAGCCUGGAUUCAGCUCUUGAGCAGCAGAAAAUGGAUUUUGAGCGUUUGGCAGAAGAGAAGGUAGAGUUGGAUGCAAAGUACACCAAAGCCAUAUCUGAGAAAGAGACUCUUUCUCUGGAGCGUGACAAGCUCGCUGGUGAUAAUCGAACAACUAGGGACCAAUUAGAUGGUUGCAGCCGAACCAAUGCUGCUCUUCUUCAAGAGAAGAGUCAUCUGGAAACAAAGCUUGAGGAAACUAAGCACCAAAACAAUGAGGUAGAAGCUAAGAUGACUAUUCUGGAACGGGAAAAGGCUGACCUACAGAGCAAGCUGCAGAAACGUUACUCUACUAUCGAAAUUCUGGAAAAGGCCAAAGUUGAACUUGUUGAUGAGCAUAAUAAAGUAAAAAUGGAGUUUGAGAAGUCCAGCUUAGAGCUUAGCCAGCAGGUAGAUGACCUUAAAAAUGAUUAUCACCAUCUUCAAUCUCUGCAGGCCAAAGCUGAGCAGAAGGUGCAGUCUUUGCAGAAUGAGAACCAGGUUCUGUUGCAGCAGGUCUGGCAGUUAAAAAAUGAGAUAGCAUCUGUGUCGGAGGAAAAGAACCUCCUUGACACAAAGCUAGAAGCUGAAAACUGUGAAAUCACCAAAGCAAAGGCUGACAAAGAUGGUUUAUCCAAACAAAUUGAGGAACUUCAGAAAACUUUGUCAAAAGUAACGCAGGAAAAUGAAGACAUUUCUUUCAACCUUAAAGAUGCUGGUGAACAAAAUAAGUCUUUUAAAGCAGAUGUUGAAGCUCUGAAAGAACAACUAAAGCAGCAAGAGCAGGAAAACCAUCAAUUGGGGCAAGAUAAGGAAUGGCUUUCAUCUAAGCUUGAGGAAAUGGACAAGCAGAUGGCUUUGUUGACCUCAGUGAAGGAAGAGCUGUUAGUUAGUCAGUCUAAAUUGAAGCAGGAAAUUUCCUCUCUUUGCGCCAAACAGGAAACGUUGCUCGCUGAACAGUCAGGGCUUCUGAAAAAGGUUGAGGGUUUGCAAGCAAGCAACACACAGCUGGAGGCUGACGUCCAGGCCCAACAAACUGAGAAGGAAAGUUUGGAAAAACAAUACAAGAACGCUCUCGAGGAGGUGUCCGCGUCCGCUGUUUUGAAAGAAGAAAUAAGCUGCAGCGUUACACAGCUCUCAGCUCAGAAGGAUGCCCUGCAGGCUGAGAGGGAUGAAGCCGUCCAGCGAGUUGGGGGGCUCGAGUUGCAACUAAAAAAUGCUUUUUCUAAGCAGCUUGAGGCUAAAGAGGUUUCUGAUAAAACCACUGAGGCUCUCAAGCAGCUCACAAAUGAAAAAGAAGUUCUACUGAAGGAGAGGAAAGCAGCUCAGUCUUUGCUGGAAGAGCUCAGACGCUCCAAGGAGGAAGUUCAGACUCAGCUGGAAACCCUGAGGAAAGAGAGUUCAAAGUAUCAAGAAGACCUUAAAACAUCCAAAGAGCAACUUUGCACAGAAACGCAGAGGACAAAGAGUCUUUGCCAGGAAAUUGAGGAGCUUAAAGAAGCAGCAUCUGUGAAGUCACAGUCCCUGCAGAUGAUUCAAGAUGAAAAGAACAGGCUGUCUCAGGAGCUGGAGAACAAUCACAAAGACCAGGGUGAUCUCGAGAUGUUAACAGACGAGCACUCAAUACUGAAAAAAGAGUUGGAAGAGCUGAAAGAAAGCCUGCCAAAUAAUGCCUUCAGUGAAAUUACUCUGAAGGAGCAGCUGAGUAGAGAGAAGGCCGCUCUCCAGCUGUCCAUUCAUAAAAACAGUGCCUUAGUAGCAGAAAGGGACCAGCAGGUGGAGACUCUAAAGAGUGAGCUGGUUACAGUGCGUGAAGAAAGUGCCUCCAUUAAGAUGCUGCAGAAUACAGUUCAGGCUUUGGAGCAGGAUAAAGCUAAUCUACAGGAUCUCGUAAAGAGACUGGAGAAGGACCUUAGAACCAGGCCUGAUAAUAUUAACCAGACCUCAGGGGAUGCCGUUUUGGACCAACUGAGAGAAGAUAAGGAGACUGCAGAGAGUCAGGAAACGGUUGAGUUCUUGAAUUCGGUUAUUGUCGACCUCCAGAGGAAAAAUGAAGAACUCAAAGACAAAUUGGAGAAAAUGGCAGCUGCUGCUCUCAAUGGGAAUAAUCCAAGUGAAAUGGAUAAUGACUAUGACAAGCAGCCAGCGAAGAAGAAACCACCUCCGAGGAAGUUCUGCGACAUUUGCGACUGCUUCGAUCUCCACGAAACGGAGGACUGCCCCCUACAAGAGCAGAUACCGGACUCCCCUCAACACACCACCUACCGUGGCAGUAAGAGUGAAGAGCGGCCCUACUGCGACACCUGUGAGGUCUUUGGCCACUGGACCGACUCCUGUACCGAUGACCAGACCUUUUAAAGCCUUCUUAAAACCAUCGUUCGCACAAUCAGUAUAUUUGCACAUUGAUUGGUUGAUUGUUGAUUGCUCCAUUCUUUUCGGGUCUUAGCUUGUGUAUAUUUCUCAUGCUUGUUUUGGCCAAGCAUAAUCAUUAUCCACACUAGCCCUUAAGAAGCCCAGCAGCGUAUUACACAGAAGGUUCCAGCUGUUUGACUGUAACUGACUCUGGGGGAAAUGUUUAGUAUACUGGUUUUGAGUAAGUAAGGGGACACAGUGAUCUUCGGAUCAGUUCAUUUAUCAGUAUCCUACCAUUGUUUGCACAGAUUGUCAGGGGCUACAGAGAUAAUAUAGUAUCUUAAACAGCGUGUAUUUGAAACUGUAAAAUACUUGAUUGAAAACAGUUUUGAGCAAAAAAUGAAGAGUUAUAUUUUAUUUUUUUAAUGCCUGGACAUAGUAUGUACUCUUUAAAAGGUUUGUUAAUGUAACUUUGUGAUGGGGACAGUCUGGAGUGAAGCAGUAAAACCCAGAGCUCUUUGGCUCUAAAGAGUUUAACUUUAUAUGGUCCUUUUGAAAUGGAUGCUGGGAGAUUUGAGAUUCUCACCUACUGUAAAGCCUCGGUUCCUGUUAAUAUGGCCUUUACAGGACGUUUCUUAUUGAUGAAGCUGAUUUCCUUUUGCAUCAAUGAAUACUUUGACAUCAUUUUCAAUAAGUUUUAAAUAUUUGUGUGAAAAUAAAGUUUAUGGAUGAAUAAAUAAA